AUGUAUUUCGAUGGAUAUGGAUACCAUGGAACAUCGUUUGAGCAAACGUAUCGGUGUUACCCCGCAUCUUUUAUUGAUAAGCCACAGAUAGAAAAUGGUGAUAAAAUUAUAAUGCCUCCAUCAGCUCUCGACCGCCUUGCGUCUCUGCACAUUGAUUAUCCUAUGUUGUUUGAGCUUCAUAAUGCUGCUGCCGAGCGGGUUUCACAUUGUGGAGUUCUAGAGUUCAUUGCAGAGGAAGGCAUGAUAUAUAUGCCAUAUUGGAUGAUGGAGAAUCUGCUUUUACAAGAAGGAGACAUUGUGCGAGUAAAAAAUGUGACUCUUCCAAAGGGUACAUAUGUAAAACUGCAACCCCACACAAAGGACUUCUUAGAUAUUUCCAACCCAAAAGCAAUCUUGGAAACGACACUGAGGAACUUUUCUUGCUUAACCACGGGGGAUAGUAUUAUGGUGGCAUAUAACAACAAAAAAUAUUACAUAGACAUUAUUGAAUCGAAGCCUUCUAAUGCUAUAACUAUCAUUGAGACAGACUGUGAGGUAGACUUCGCUCCUCCACUUGAUUACAAGGAACCUGACAAGCCUGUUGCUUCUGUUCCUUCAAGCAAUACACUGGCAGAAGGUGUGAAUUUGGUUAACUUUUCAUAUUGUGAUAUCCCUCUAUUACAAGUUUGAUGGGGUUUUAGGUCCCACUUUUCACUUAUUGCAAAGUGGGCGAGGUUUUAAAUUUCAUGAUAAUUAUAAUGGUGGUCAGAAGUGUUUCCUCCAUUUGUGAGUGGGUGUCAUGGUUGUGGUCAAACCUGAGUGGGAGCUACCUCACUUGUAUCUCUUAUAAUUAGUAAUGCCUUCUUAAUCACGUGUCCUUGGCUUAUCUAAUUGCUUGGCAAAAUAAAUUUCUUUUAUGACCCUUAAAGACUGGUUGUUGAGCUCUUAUUCUGUGGAUGCAUGAUGCAGGGCUGUACAUCCACUGUGUUUUUUACUUGUGGUAUAGUACACCGGUUGUGUUUGAUUGGCCUGAAAGCCUUAUCUGUGAGUCAAAUCCCAGUAUUUUUUUCUCUUCUUUUAUCAGGGUUUAGAAUAUUAUAUGAUCUGAAAAUGAAUUGAAGUUCAUUUUAUGUGCUAUGAUGGGAAGUUCAGUAAUUAAAUAGUUUUAGUUGUUCCAUUUGGAAUAUAGAUAAAGCAAUUUUUGUUAAUUGUUCACUUUGCUUUAAUUGGCUACCAGAUUUCUUGCAAGUUUAUCUUAUUCCUUGAGCAAAUUAGGAUGAAGGUUGGAUGGGGUCAGCCAACAAAUCUCAAGUUUUUCUUAAUCAGAAGCUUUGGAAUACAAUUUUACUCGCCUGUGAAGGCCCAUCUGGCUUUCACUUGAAAUAUAUAAAAGGGAUACAAACUAAGUGUAGAGAUCCCGUAUAUAUAGUCAACAAU